AUGAAGCUCUACUCUCUUGUGGCACUGCUCCCCAUUAUCUCGGUGGACGCAUGUCUAACCGACGUUGAGCGCCGCGGCGGUCAUCUCAUCGACCUCAACAAUGCCCACAGCAUCGCUCGACGGCAAGAAACAACCGUCCCCGGCACCGUUCCCGUUGGCAAGGGUGACCGAUUCAUGGGCGGCAAGGUCGCGCCCCGCGGACUGGGCAGCGGCGGCGCCAUCCAAGACAUUGCCUGGAACUUCAAGGAGAUGCAGUCGGCCAUCAAGGCGCUCGACAAGCAGUUCAGCGGCGUUGACUACUUCGAGGCCCCCUUCAAGACAUACGAGAACCGUACCAUUUCGGGCAUCAGCAUCACCGCCAAGCCGGGCAAGGGGAAGAAGAAGCCCUUUGCCUUUCUGCAUGCCGGUAUUCACCCGCGGGAAAGAGGUGGUCCAGACCAUCUCGUCGACUUUGCCUCUGACCUGCUCUGGGCGUUCCAGGAGAAGAAGGGAAUCAAGUACGGCACUGUUGGCUACACGGCCAGCGACGUCAAGCGGGUCGUGGAGGCGGGCGUCGUCAUCGUGCCGACUGUCAACCCGGACGGACUCGCAUUCGACCAAUCGACCAACGGCUGCUGGCGCAAGAACAGAAACCCAGAGUCGUCCACCGCGGGCGAUGCCAUGUCCAUCGGCAUAGACCUGAACCGCAACUUUGACAUUGCCUGGAACUACACGCAAGCUCUCGCCCCCGGCGUCGAGGCAGCGAGCACCAACGCCAGCGCCGAGAACUUCUACGGCACAGGCCCCUUCUCCGAGGCGGAGACGCAGAGCAUCAAGUGGGUGUUCGACAACUUCCCCAGCAUCGGCUGGUACAGCGACCUGCACUCCAACAUCGGCAUUGGCCUCUACGGCUGGUGCUUCGACUCGAUCCAGACGACAGACAAGAGCAAAAACUUCAGGAACAAGAGCUGGGAUGGCAAGCGCGGCCUCAUUGCCAACGACACGUUUGACUACCGGGAGUACAUGAACCGCGGAGACUGGGACAAGCUGCUGGAGAUUACGGGCCGCAUGGCCUGGGCCGCGAGCGACGUCAACGCGGCGUUCUACUCGGUCUACGCCGCGCCGCACCUGUACCCUUCCAGCGGCUGCUCGAUCGACCAUGCAUAUGCGCGCCACAUCUUGGAUCCGAAGAAGAAGAAGAUUCUCGGAGUCGGUUUCGAGUUUGGAUACGCGGGACCCGAUGAGGAAUGUCCUUUUUACCCGUCUCCCGAGGCGUAUAGGACGGACAAGAUGGAGGUGGGAGCUGCUUACAUGGAGUUCCUAGUUAAUGCACUGAGGCUUGACUAG